CCAACAUGCAUUAUUAAGCGCCUGACUUGCUUCUGCACAAAGGUCUCAAGUUUGUUUCUCGCCCACGGAUCUGAAGGACGCCGUCCACUUGCUGCUCUAAACUUUAACCACAGGUUCCAUUAUGGGUCGACUUGAUGGGAAGGUCAUCGUCCUGACAGCUGCUGCUCAGGGGAUUGGCCGGGCAGCUGCCUUAGCUUUUGCAAGAGAAGGUGCCAAAGUCAUUGCCACUGAUAUCAAUGAGUCCAAACUUCAGGAACUGGAAAAGUACCCCGGUAUUCAAACUCGGACCCUUGAUGUCACAAAGAAGAAACAAAUUGAUCAGUUUGCCAAUGAAAUUGGGAGACUUGAUGUUCUCUUUAAUGUUGCUGGUUUUGUCCAUCAUGGAACUAUCCUGGACUGCGAGGAGAAAGACUGGGACUUCUCAAUGAAUCUCAAUAUCCGCAGCAUGUACUUGAUGAUCAAGGCAUUUCUUCCUAAGAUGCUUGCACAGAAAUCUGGCAACAUAAUCAACAUGUCAUCUGUGGCUUCUAGCAUCAAAGGAGUUGAGAACAGAUGUGUGUACAGUACAACCAAGGCAGCUGUGAUUGGCCUCACAAAGUCCUUGGCCACAGACUUCAUCCAGCAGGGGAUCAGGUGCAACUGCGUGUGUCCAGCAACGGUUGAUACCCCAUCCCUGCAAGAAAGAAUACAAGCCAGACCAAAUACCGAAGAGGCACUGAACUACUUCCUGAAGCGACAGAAAAUUGGAAGAUUUGCAACCGCAGAAGAAAUAGCCCUGCUCUGUGUGUAUUUGGCUUCCGAUGAAUCUGCCUACAUAACAGGUAAUCCUGUCAUCAUUGAUGGAGGCUGGACCUUGUGAUUUUAGAAUCUGUUUGCUGGAAGAGCAGGCCCUUCCUCCCCACAGUGAGACUGGUUAUGAAGAAAAUUCAGCCAUCAUGUCUUUCCCAUUCAUGGCUUAUUUAUGACAAUUAGCCCUUUUUAAUGAUGCCAUUGUUCACAAAAGUCAGAUUCUUUAAAUAUAUUAAUCUCUUUCUAACCUCUUCUGAAAUCAUUAUAGGGAGAUGACAUAAAAGAUAAUGAACUCACUGCAAAUGAAAAGUUUUAAAAUAAACCACAGUUUGCAAGCAUAUAAAAAUAAAGUGUGAAUAUGAAAAA